UAUGCCAAUCUCCUCUAACUUGGCACCAGAUUUAUGUAAGACUCGAGAAGUACCUUUACUUUCUACACGAUACAACAUGACAGAGCAAAACGUAGCAGUCCCAACUACAAUUGAUGGAGAGACAUCUCAAGUUAGAAGUCACCAGUUAAGCAAUGCUAUCGCAUCAGCUGUUAAUAAUGUACUCGAUGGGUACGACUGGAGUCUGAUCCCUCUCCCAGUAAGAGUAAAUGGAGGACAUAAACAAAAAGCUCACGUUAAAAGACCGAUGAACGCAUUCAUGGUAUGGGCACAGGCAGCAAGGCGUAAACUAGCCGACCAAUAUCCACACUUACACAAUGCCGAACUUAGUAAAACACUCGGGAAACUAUGGAAACUUUUGAACGAUUCAGAAAAAAAACCCUUCAUUGAAGAGGCUGAAAGRCUSAGAAUCAAACACAAGAGAGARCACCCUGAUUACAAGUACCAACCAAGACGAAAAAAACAGAAGGGGAAUGGUGUUGGUGAGUCAGGAGACUCGACCAUCUCAGCAGAUGAUUUGUUGAAAGUAUUGAAGGGGGACAGUAAGCUAAUGUCGGAUAGCUGUGAAAACGGUACAGCAACAAGUUGUGCAAGUCCUGAGAGCAUCAGUGGCAGUGAUAUUAGUAGCAGCGAAUCUGCACCAAGUCCUGAAAACCAGACAAACAUUGAGUCAGCUGUCAAGGUAGAAAAUGAACUCACACUUGAUUCUAAUGCAAUUAACUUCACGUCUUGCUCAAAGAAAUCCGACAACACUUCCCAUGCUAUCGACUUUGAUAUGGAUUUUACUACCGACUUUAUGACAAUGGGCGAUGUGGACAGUACAGAGUUAGACCAGUACCUACCAACCUAUACACAAGCCCUACUAGAGCCAACUCCAGUAACUACAGCAUCACUACCAACAACACAGAUCAACACUACACCUAAAKGUAAUGUAAAGAUAACUCCAUGUGCUCAACCAUCAGUCACACAGCAGUCUUCUGUACCUCCCAGCUACACCGAGUUCAUGGCACAGCUUCAGAAACUCCCCACUGAGAGGAGUUUUCCCCCGAAUCGUGUUGCACCGUCRGCUACUAUGCAACAACGCAGACAAGUCGACUCGAAUGCUGCUUUCUUUCCUUUUUCUGAAGCAGAUGUCACCUUAGCAGCUCAGCCUCCUCGGCCGCAGUUUGUAUCAUUGCCGACGUCGAUGAAAACUGUUUCUUUGCAACAUCCUACAACGACUCGUGGACGAACCCAUACACUGGUGUGGAAAUAAAUUAUUGAAUCCUAACCAAGAAAAACACACGAGUCACGACGUUCUAAGCCCUUUAUCUUAGCAUAUAUCUAAGAUGCCUGCACGAGAUGAAACAUUUGGACACGAAAGAUGAGAGAGUGCAGGAAAAACAGCAACUUUUGACACAUUCAUGGCGUUGCAUAAUAAACAUGUUUUGACUAUGAUUAUAUUUGUAAAUAUUGAAUCCAGGAUGAAUAACUGACAGUAGACAACGUUACGUAGAUGUUCGCAGACUUUGGAUGUUUUUGAAAACUCUCACUAAAAAUUUCUUGUAAUUUAAUACCUAGAGUAGUAAUACGAAGAUGGCCUGGGGUUUUUAACAUUACCCAGAACAAUUCUGCAGAAAUGGAGAAAUAGUUGUAGACUUGUUUUAAAGUCCUUGCUUAGUCAUAUUACGUUUAUUUAGGUUUGAAAUGAAAUAUGAACUAUUUACAUUAAAAACAUUUUGAACACUUAAAGUGGCUGUUACUAUCUAUAAUUAUAGUUUCAUUUUGUCAAUUAAAUUACAUUUAACAUUU